UCUCGUGCCUCUAAUCUGGAGAACUGAGACGACUUGCGAUAGACGACCAUUCAUUCCACAACCAACCCUUGAUCGCAAUCAGUCACAAUGGCGAUCAAGCACAACAACCAGAUUCAACACAACCAUUUCCGAAAGGAUUGGCAGCGCCGGGUCCGAACCCACUUCGACCAGCCUACUCAGAAGAUCCGCCGUCGCUCUCUGCGUCGUGCUAAGGCCGCUGCCGUCGCUCCCCGACCCGUCGACAAGCUGAGACCUGUUGUCCGAUGCCCGACCAUCAAGUACAACCGCCGUGUUCGUGCCGGACGUGGUUUCACUCUGACUGAGCUGAAGGAAGCUGGUAUCCCCCGCCUCGUGGCCCCUACCGUCGGUAUCUCGGUCGACUACCGCCGACAGAACCUCAGCGAAGAGUCUCUCGUAGCCAAUGUAGCCCGCCUUAAGGCCUACAAGGAACGAUUGAUCGUAUUCCCCCGCAAGGGUGCUAAGCACCCCAAGGCCGGUGACAGCAAGGACAUCGACCUCAGCAACACCAAGACCGUCUCCACCGUCGGAGCUACCCUACCCAUCAUCCCUGUGGCUGAGGGUAUUUCAGAGAUCAAGAAGAGCGAUCUGCCCAAGGCGAUCGAGGGUGGUGCUUUCGCGCAGCUCCGCAAGGCGAGGAGCGAAGCCAGACUGCAAGGUGUGCGGGAGAAGCGAGCCAGAGACAAGGCCGAGGCUGAGGCCAACAAGAAAUAAGAUGGAGGUCUCUUACGGGAGUAUGGACGGCAUCAUUAGGGUUCUGCUUUCGUUGUGUUGUUGGACGGUCACGGCGGGUUGGCUUGCGGUUCCUGUGUAGCCAGGAGAGAAACGAAAUGAUAUCGUUCUCUCGCCACACAACAAAGGCCGAAGCAUUAUUGCAUCUUCCGGUUUGCUCUAGGUCGUUCUCAAUGGAAAAAUGAAUGGACAUACUCUUCGUGCCUCUCAAAAG